UAUUCACCUUGUCUCGAUUUUCAGAUGGGACCGAAAGCCGAGACUAAAGCAGCUAAGCCAAAGGCUGCGUCUGCUAAGCCUGCUGCCAAGAAACAGACCCAAGCACGUUUGGUCAAGAAAACCAUUGGUGGAGACAAAAAUGGUGGACACAGGCUUGUCAGAAAAACACGAAUGUCCCGUUAUUACCCUACAGAAGACAAGCCAAGAAAGUUGAGGUCAAGGAAGACAGCUUUCUCCAAGCACAAGCACAGCUUGAGGUCAUCAAUUACCCCAGGAACUGUUCUUAUCCUAGUGGCUGGUCGUCACAAGGGAAAGAGAGUUGUCUUCCUGAAACAAUUGGAUUCUGGAUUACUGUUGGUUACAGGUCCAUUCCAUCUUAAUGGUUGCCCUCUGAGAAGAAUCAACCAAAUUUACACUAUUGCCACUAAAACAAAGCUGGACAUCGGUGGUGUUAAAUUGCCCGAACGCCUGAAUGACAAAUAUUUCAACCGUAAACAGCUCAAGAAGCCCCGACACACAGAAGGAGAAAUCUUUGACACCAAAAAGGAGGUGUACACUGUCAGUGAUGAAAGGAAAGAAGACCAAGUGGCUGUUGAUAAACAAAUUCUGGAUGUGAUCCGCAAGAAUAAAGAGAAAAAGUUGUUGUUUGGUUACCUGGGCUCCAUGUUUUCUCUUGGAAGCCGCCAGUACCCACACAAAAUGGUCUUCUAAUUAAAUAAAUAAUAACUGACAGAAAA